AUGGCAUUCCAGAGACGAUGCGACAGGAUUGAAAGGGGGGUUCAACAGGGCGCAGGAGAAGAAUUGGAACAAGGAUGGCUGGCUCCGUCAUCAUCGAGGGGUGACAAGGUUUCGGCAAUCAACACUGCUUGUUGGUCCUCUGGAGUUCACGGCCCAUCGUUUGAAAGCUGGGCUGGCGCGACGCGUGAUAAGCUUGGCAAACUCGAGAGCGCUUCUGCCUUGCGACAGCAAAUCCAUAUCAACUCUUUCGUUCGCGACACCAUUUCUUUUCUUUCCAUACCCACUAUUUUCGCAUCGUUUGUCCAUCUAUCCAGUCGUAUCUCAAUAGAUCAAAUGGAACCAGACUUUUCUGUUGCAUCGAAUGCUUUCGUGCAAGUUUAUGCAAACCUUCAAGAUGACUCGAUAUCGCGACCAUAUCUCCUGGACAUUGCUUUUGAAAAGGAAAAAUUCCACCUCAAGCUUCGUGCUCAGGCAAGGCUUUGGAGCUCGCUCAGGAAGACAAUCGUCUACCUGUUUCUUGACGCCAGCCACGUCGAAAGUCUUGUAGUAUGCGAUGAGGUCGCCCCACCCGACAUCGCAAGUACCCUUAUCAAGCAGGGCCGCUGCACGACGACAUCCAAAAUCACAUGUUUGCAAAUAUUACUCAAACAACACGGGACUAUCCUUGCUCCCAGAGCUACGCUGCAGAAAAAGCCGGCCAUACGCGAAGAUAUGAAAGCCUUGAUGCGGUUGAGCCGAUGCAAAACGUUCAAAAUAUACAUACCAUCAGACUCUAUUGACAAAGAGAAACUGUCGGGCCUCUGCAAUGCGCUGGCGAGUAGCUCUGUCAGACCGGCACCGGACGUGGUGAAGACCUUAUACGAAGGCAGGGGCAGCAAUAUUGUGACGAAUGUCGACGACCUAUGGACACUGGCGCCGGUCGAGGGUCCACCUUCGUACGAUGCAGCAACGGCUGCUGGGGCAAGCGCCCAUGGGUCGUCAGGUCACUCAGACACCGAACCAUCGAGGGGUCCCAGAGCCCCUGGUAAGAGACAGAUGUCUCCGGAACCAAGUCAGACACCUACGAAACGCCAUGCUUUGAUGCAGAAAGUUGCACCAGUGGCAUGGGAGGCCGUAAUCGCUGCUCAAGCCGCGCAGCUGGCCAUGCUCAACGAACAGGUCACAGCGCAAGCAGUUCAAAUGACUGCUUACAACACACAGCUUGCCGCUCUACGUGAAGAGAUGCAGCAUUCCCGGCGCCCCCCUAUGGUCGACGCAGGGAGUCAAACCGAGCCAGCAGUUCCUGUGUCUGAGCAUCACUCAUCGCCAGCAACUCCUGUGUCUCAACAGCACUCGUCGCCAACGUUUUUUCCUAAUUCAGCUAGCCAAGCUAGCACGAUUGAGAACAGUAUCGAAGACCGUCUCAUAAUGCUUGAGGAUGGCUUGAUCGACGAGCAAAGGAUACGGAGAUCAUUAAACGAGAAGAUAGAUAACAACGACGAGCGAAUCAAGCGAACACUCGAUGUAGAGUGUAGCGGAUUAGAGCACGCGGUCACGGAACUUGAAUCUCGAGUCGAGGAUAUAGAGAACGACUUCAAAGAGGAUUUACGGCAGGAGUUGUCGCUUGAGCUACAGACUAAGCUCGAGGAAUUUAUCGAGUUCCGACUAGAGGAUGUAGAGGAAGUAGUCAAGCACGACGUGCGAAUGGCAAUGGAGAAUGCGUCGUACAAUUUCAAGAUGGAUCUAGGCUGGGUAGAAUAAUGUAUAUACAGCAUAGGCAUCUCAUCCAUGUCAAUUCUCACCAUUUCCAGCUGCUUCAAGAC